AUGGGAGGAAUAUUUAGUUGUAUUGACUCGAAGCCCGAUGUUGUACCAGGUGACCCUGAUGGAGCGUCUAGCGGCAAUCCUGUUCCGGAGGAGCCUGUAGUGAAGCCAGAAUCACCAGUGGAGGAAGAGAAGACCGCAGAGAGCACCACCGAGAAUAUAUUCAGUACCGACUCGAGUAGUGAAGAUGACGUGUUGCGAGGUGUGUCAAAUGUUGUCUACCGAAAGGACUUCGUUCAGAACGUGUAUACUUUUACCUCCGAGCAGCUCGGCGUUGGCGCGACUGGCCCUAUCCGAGUCGUGAUCAACAGAAAUACCGGAGGCCGUUUUGCUAUGAAAACUAUAAACUUGAUGGGUUACAACGCAAUUCAGAGGGAGCAACUUCUUCAGGAAGUCCUCAUUUUGGGAAGACUGCACCAUCCCAAUAUUGUGAAACUCUACGAGGUGUUCCAGACGUCAAACGCCAUGUAUUUGAUCCAGGAGCUGCUCAGCGGCGGAGAGCUGUACACCCGCCUCAUUCACAGUCCUCUUGGAAAGUUUUCAGAGGAGUACUCGAAGAAAAUCGUGCGAGAUAUCCUCAACGCGAUCUACUACCUGCAUGAGACGAAGAACAUUGCUCAUCGCGACCUGAAGCUGGCCAAUAUCAUGUUCACGGACACCUCUCCGGACGCCGAGAUCAAGCUGAUCGAUUUCGGCCUGAGCAAAUUCGUGAGCGGGUCGGAGUACAUGCACAGCCUCGUGGGCACGCGCUACUACAUCGCUCCGGAAGUGUUCAUGCAGGACUAUCAAGGCAUGGGCUACAACAAGAGCUGCGAUAUGUGGUCGAUCGGAAUCAUCACGUACUUCAUGCUCACCGGACACAACCCGCUGCCCGCGACGAUGGCGAGUCUCCCGUUCGACCAGCUGCACAUCGACGAGAUCCCGUUCCCCGACAAUUUCUGGAGGAACAUCAGUCCGGAGGCCAUCAGUUUUGUGAAGGGACUGCUCACCAUCGACCCUGUGAAGCGAAUGACGGUGGUGGACGCGCAGAACCAUCCCUGGAUGAAGGUGACCACGCCGGUGGCGCCGAUCAACCUGCCCUCCAGCAUUAUUUCGUCGAUGCAGGAGUUCCAGAACUACAACCAUCUCAAGAAGGCCGCGCUCACCGCCGUGGCGUAUCAUCUGAACAACAACGAUCUGAUGCGUCUGAGCGAUUUCUUCGAGUAUUUCGACAAGCAGGACGAUGGCUGGAUCUCCUUCGAAGAGGUUCGUGGAGCGAGGGGCGGAAUCAUCGGGUAUGUAAUUGCUUCUUGUGCGAAUGACUCAUGUCUAGUCGAUCUUCUCCAUAUUUGCGAGCCUCUUUGUACAUUCCUUCCUGAGGUGAAAACUCCUGAGAAGAAGGUUCCCUUCCGUGAGCGCUGUCUGUGGACUGUGGUUGCUUUGUUCGUUUACCUUGUGUGCUGCCAGAUUCCUCUGUAUGGUAUUGCCAACGCUGCCUCCUCGGACCCCCUGUACUGGCUGCGUGCGAUCUCUGCCUCGAACCGCGGCACUCUGAUGGAGCUGGGAAUCACUCCCAUCGUGACGUCCAGCAUGAUCAUGCAGCUUUUGACGGGUCUGAAGUUGGUGGUGUACGAUCAGAGCGUGAAGGAGGAGCGCGACCUCUUCGAGAGCGUGCAGAAGCUUUUUGGCCUGCUGCUGACCUUCAUCACCUCGUUCGUGUACGUGGUGUCUGGCAUGUACGGUCCCACGAGCGAGCUGGGCUGGAUGACGUGCGGUCUUCUGAUCUUCCAGCUGUCGCUCUCGGGCGUGAUCGUUCUUCUGCUGGACGAGAUGCUGCAGAAGGGAUACGGUCUCGGUUCUGGCAUCUCUCUGUUCAUCGCGACGAACAUCUGCGAGUCUGUGAUGUGGCGCGCGUUCUCUCCGAUGACGAUGGACACGGGCCGCGGCAAGGAGUUCGAGGGCGCGGUGAUCUCGCUGUUCCACCUGCUGAUCACGCGGAAGGACAAGAUCCGCGCGCUGCGGUACGCGUUCUACCGCUCGGCGCUGCCGAACCUGUUCAACCUGCUGGCGACGGUGGUGGUGUUCCUGGUGGUGGUGUACUUCCAGGGCUUCCGCGUGGAGCUGGCGGUGAAGAACCCGAAGUACCGCGGCCAGCAGGGCGUGUACCCGAUCCGUCUGUUCUACACGAGCAACACGCCGAUCAUCAUCAUCUCCUCGCUCACCUCCAACCUGCUCAUCCUCUCCCAGAUGCUCUCGCGCCGCUGGGAGGGCAGCUUCCUGGUCUCGCUGCUGGGCCGCUGGUCGCACGACGAGCAGCAGAGCCGCCCCAUCGGCGGACUCAUCUACUAUCUGAUGGCGCCCGCCUCGCUCUCCGCCGCCCUCGCCGACCCCAUCCAGCUCCUCGUCUACCUCGUGUUCAUGCUGGGCGGAUGCGCGGCGGUCUCCAGACUCUGGAUCGAGUUCUCCGGAACCUCCUCGCGCGACGUGGCGCGCCAGCUCCGCGAUGAGGGCAUGACCAUGAAGGGCUACCGAGACAGCGCCCUCAUCGACGUCCUCGACCGCUACAUCCCCACGGCGGCCCUGCUGGGAGGACUGUGCAUCGGAGCGCUGACCGUGUUCGCGGACUUCAUCGGGGCCAUCGGCUCGGGAACGGGAAUCCUGCUGGCGGUGACGACGAUCUUCCAGUACUUUGAGAUUUUCAAGAGAGAGAGAGAGGAGCUCGGAUUCCUGGGAUUCUAA